AUGGGAGAUUACAUUAAAGCCUUAAUUGAAACCUAAGUCAUAGGAGCAUUUAGAGUUGCAUUAACAAUGCCUUUAGAACAUGUGUUAGACAGAAUAAAGACUUAUAAACAAUCUAAAUAAGGAAUAACUUAUAUAUAAGUAAAAUAGUUGAUUUAAUCUUUAGAGUUAUUUAGACAUCAAAGGAGCAAGAGGAUUGAUAGGUUUAUAUGAUGGCUUUUAUCCAAGCUUUCUGAGAAAUAUGGUGAAACAAUAUUAUAGAUGGCCUNAACCUAAACCAGAUGCAUAAACUAUAGAAUUUGAAUCAAUUGUUAUAUUAGAUUUAUUAGCAUAAACACCUAUACUACUUCCAUAUAAUUAUGUAUUUUACAAUAAUACUUCAUCAGAUGCUAUACCAAGAGUGAAAUUCUCAUCUAAAUUAAUUGGAAUUCUCUAAAAUGAUUUUAUGUCUAUAAUUGAACUUUUAUUACAAUAGCCUUAGUUACAUUGA